AUGCUUUUGCUGAGAGUGAAUAGUAUAAAAGUUGAAAGCAAAAACACUUAUGAGCUCCUUUUAUUUGAUAGCGCCAAGCGCCUCCCCGACAUUCCCGGAGACGGAUCGACAUUUUCUUCGUCAACCAAAAUCAAACUUCGGGUACCCAAAGGAAUUCUCGUCAUCGUCGUGGAUCUGAUCCAAUUUUGCAUUUUCCCCAUGUCUGACUCAGCAAAUACCCCAUCACCGUCAAAUGUGCAAAGCACGACAAAUGUCUGUGUAUCGACAACAGCAACAAGCAGACCAACCUCAUCAACAUCAAAGCCACCAAUCCCGACCUCGUUAUCCGAAUGGCAACUAUUGGCUGUUCUUCAAAGAGCGAAUCUUGUUCAAUACUAUGAUACUUUUAUCUCACAAGGUGGAGAUGAUAUCAAUCAAAUAAUGCAAUGCGAUGAAUCAGAGUUCCUCGAAAUCAUGUCAUUGGUGGGAAUGCUUUCAAAACCGUUGCAUGUAAGACGAUUGCAGAGGACGUUGACGGAUUUCUCGAAAGACCCAGCCGCUUUCAACUUGUCGGCCAUUCCCCUCAUCGGCCCUCCUCCAAUAUCCAAUUUCCCCACUGGCGCCAAUCCAAUCGAUUUCCUUCUACCAGGCAUCGCCUCACUCCAACAAAGCCCAUCUCCAUCACUUUUCCAUCCCGAAACAACCACCCCACUCACCACCACCACAUCUGUUGCCCAUUCCACAUCAACCAUUUCGAAAAUCUCAACCGUACCAAUAACUGCCAUCGACUUCACGAAUCCACUCUCGGCUAUCGGUGCCACGGCGGCGAAUGUUCUCUCCCAAGAAUAUUUACAAUCAUUGGUAGCCUCUGCCGCUGCAGCCACUCAACAGAUGAGCCGCCAAAAUGAGCAUAAUAUCACCACCGCGAACAGCAAAGAUCCGAAUAGUAUAAGGAUUACAAAGUCCGGUCUACCAUCUUCAUCGAACAGCCCUCACAUCAGUUCCACCGAUGAUUUUGUGGCCCUAGGUGACUUUGAUCCGAAUGCCCCUCAAACGGAGACUCCAAGCCUCUCCGAGGCGCAGAUUCGACGCCUCAAUCAAUGCGCAACACUGGUCGUUCAAAAUCUCCCCAAACUAGCUCCGAAACUUGUGCAGAAUAAAAAACGAAUCAGCCAAGAAAUCCUUGAUUUAAUGGCCCUUCCAUUGACAUCACCACAAAGAGCAGAUGAAUAUCGAAAAUUCUCGGCAAUUUAUGGACGAUUCGAUGCUAAAAGGAAACCGGAUAAGAUUUUGACUCUCCAUGAAGUGUCAGUGAAUGAAGCAGCCGCUCAACUCUGCAUGCUCCAACCGGUACUCUUGACGAGAAGAGAUGAAUUGUUUCCAUUAUCAAGACAGGUAGUGAAAGAUGCCGGUUAUCACUAUACGAAAAGUCGGGAGAGACGCCGAAAAGAGGAUGCGGAUGGAGAAGAAAGAAGUACACCGUCGAUGAGCCCAUCUCCAUCAAUGGGAGACGACGAUGAACACUAUGGAAGUGAAGAGAAAAGACGAAAGAUUGAAUCCAUCGGUAAAGAUGUUUCCCAUGAAGUUUCCAGUCGAAAGCUU